UCGCCCAGCUCGCCCCGGCGCGGAGGCUCCGCCGCGCCCGCCGCAGGAUGCCGGGGCCCCGCGGGCUCUGCCUGCUCGCCCUGCUGCUGCUGGGCACCCCCGCGGCCCCGCGCCCAGACAGCGGAUCGGGGGCAGUGCUGGUGCCGGCCAGCCCGGACCCUCCGGCUGCAGAUGAAUCCCUGGAGAAGACGGGCGGUGCAGCUGCAGAGAUUGGGCACGGCACGGGUUUGACUGGUGGAGCUGAGGAUUUUGGGCAUGCUGUGGGUUCAGACCCUGGCGCUGGGGAGCUGGGGCAGGGCACUGCCCUCAACCUCCUGCCGGCCCCAGAGAAGACCACGCCGCUCCUGCCUACGGCCACUGCUGCCCCCAGACCUGAUGCCAAACAAACUUCCCCUGUCAAGAAAAAGCCACCGACUCUAAAGCAAGUAAACACGGGAAGGAAGCACCCAAGGCUGAAGCCCACCCUGGCAGGUCCCCCUGGGACUGCCUCCCCAGCCAGCCCAAGGAGCUCCAGGCUCCCCACAGCCACCCCAGGGCUGCGGGUGCCAGCAGAGGACACGGAGCAGAGCCCCCCAGAGCUGCCCUGGGUGGAGCAGGCCACCACCAGCCGCCCCACGCUGCAGAUCUCCCCUUCCACCCUGCCCCCAGCCCUGCCCCAGCCCUUCCCUGACAGCACGGGGGAUGCUGGAGAGGCUCCGACCUCAGCUCCCACUGGCGCUGCCAUUAUCCCAAUAAACGGUGCGGAGAGGGACGCGCACAGCUCUGCGCCGGAGGAGAGCCAGGAAACCACCACGUCCACCAUCGUCACCACCACCGUCACCACCACGGAGCCCACCCCAGUGCUCUGCAGCAUGAGCUUCCACGACCCCGAGGGCUACAUCGACUCCACGGAUUACCCCCCGCUGCCCCUGCACGGGUACCUGCAGUGCACCUACAACGUCACCGUCUACACCGGCUACGGCGUCGAGCUCCAGGUGAAGAGCGUGAACCUGUCGGACGGGGAGGUGCUGUCCAUCCGUGGCGUGGAUGGCGAUGCCCUGGUGGUCUUGGCCAACCAGACCCUUCUGGUGGAAGGCCAGGUGAUCCGCAGCCCCACCAACACCAUCUCCGUCUACUUCCGCACCUUCCAGGACGACGUGGUGGGGACCUUCCAGCUCCACUACCAGGUGUUUAUGCUGAGCUGCAACUUCCCACGGAGACCUGACUUCGGAGACGUGACAGUGAUGGAUCUGCACUCGGGUGGCAUCGCUCACUUCCACUGUCACCUGGGCUACGAGCUGCAGGGCCCCCGCAUGCUGACCUGCAUCAACGCGUCCCGGCCGCACUGGAGCAGCCCCGAGCCCAUCUGCUCAGCUCCCUGUGGAGGGACAGUCCACAAUGCCACCAUCGGCCGUGUGCUGUCCCCCAGCUACAGCGGGAACCAGUCUGGCAGCAUGUACUGCGUGUGGGCCAUCGGGGCCCCCCCGGGCCAGAAGCUGCACCUGCACUUUGAGAAGCUCCUGCUGACCGAGAAGGACAGGAUGGUGGUGUACAGCGGGGACACCAACCGCUCGGCCGUGCUCUACGACUCCCUGCGCGCCGACAGCGUCCCCUUCGAGGGCGUCAUCAGCGACGGCUCCUCCAUCAGGAUCGACUUCCUCGCCGAGGAGCCCGCGGCCGCCACCGCCUUCAACAUCCGCUUCGAAGCCUUUGAGCGGGGCCACUGCUACGAGCCCUACAUCCAGAACGGGAACUUCACCACCUCCGACCCCACCUACAACCUGGGCACCACCGUGGAGUUCACCUGUGACCCCGGGCACUCCCUGGAGCAGGGCCCUGCCGUCAUCGAGUGCAUCAACAUGAGGGACCCCUACUGGAACGACACGGAGCCGCUGUGCCGAGCCACGUGUGGAGGGGAGCUGACUGCCGUGGCCGGGGUGAUCCUGUCCCCCAACUGGCCGGAGCCCUACACGGAGGGGGAGGAUUGCAUCUGGAGGAUCCAUGUGGGCGAGGAGAAGCGGCUCUUCCUGGACAUCCAGCUCCUGAACAUCACCAACAGCGACAUCCUCACCAUCUACGAUGGGGACGAGCUCUCCUCCCGCAUCCUGGGGCAGUACGUUGGCAGCAGCGGCCCCCAGAAGCUCUACUCCUCCAGCCCCGACCUCACCAUCCAGUUCCACUCGGACCCUGCUGGGCUGAUCUUUGGCAAGGGGCAAGGAUUCAUCAUGAACUAUAUAGAGGUGUCCCGCAACGACUCCUGCUCUGACCUGCCCGAGAUCCAGAACGGCUGGAAGACCACGUCACACACAGAGCUGGUGAGAGGGGCCAAGAUCACCUACCAGUGUGACCCGGGCUAUGACAUCGUGGGCAGUGACACCCUCACCUGCCAGUGGGACCUCAGCUGGAGCAGCGACCCCCCCUUCUGUGAAAAGAUUAUGUACUGCACAGACCCGGGGGAGGUGGAGCACUCCACCCGCCUCAUCUCGGACCCGGUGCUGCUGGUGGGAACCACCAUCCAGUACACCUGCAACCCCGGCUUCGUGCUGGAGGGCAGCUCCCUGCUCACCUGCUACAGCCGCGAGACCGGGACCCCCAUCUGGACAUCGCGGCUCCCGCACUGCGUCUCUGAGGAGUCGCUGGCCUGUGAUAACCCAGGGCUGCCAGAAAAUGGGUACCAAAUUCUUUAUAAGCGCCUCUACCUGCCAGGAGAGUCCCUGACCUUCAUGUGCUAUGAAGGCUUUGAACUCAUGGGGGAGGUGACCAUCAAAUGCAUCCUGGGCCAGCCAUCCCACUGGAGCGGCCCCCUGCCCAUCUGCAAAGUGAACCAAGACAGCUUUGAACAUGCUCUCGAAGUAGCAGAAGCUGCUGCAGAGACGUCGCUCGAGGGAGGAAAUAUGGCCUUGGCCAUCUUCAUCCCGGUGCUGAUCAUCUCCCUGCUGCUGGGAGGAGCGUACAUCUAUCUCACCAGGUGUCGGUACUACUCCAGUCUCCGCCUGCCCCUCAUGUACUCCCACCCCUACAGCCAGAUCACGGUAGAAACGGAGUUUGACAACCCGAUUUAUGAGACAGGGGAAACACGAGAAUACGAGGUUUCGAUAUAAGGACAGCGGUAAGAGAGUCUCCAGCAGCGAACUUAAUGUGCUCUCAUAGAACUUCCUCAGUAACUAAUCCAGAGACCACGUGGAGUUUGGUUGGACCCCCGGACCUGCUGUUGUCUUUCCUUUUGCCUCUCUAUUGAAGAUUUUACUGUUUUCUUCACUGUAUUUAUUCUAUUUAAACUGCGAUAGGUGUGCUGCUCAGCCCUGGGCACAGGCAGCAGCUGGAGCCGGGGCAGAGCUGGGUCCUGGUGAGGCCAGGGGGGCACGGGGGCACUGCUGUGUCCCCCUCCAUGGCAGAAUGUCCCCCUCCAUGGCACAGCGUCCCUCGGCACUGCCCACACAGACGCAGGGGGAUUUUUGCGGUUCUGAUGUUGUUAAAAAUUAAAGAUGUCUCCAUUGCAAGA